GAGACACUGAGAGAAACAAAGAAAACACUAACAGCACAGCUUUGUUCAAAAGUUGGAAAAAGAGUUUCAAUUGGGGGAGGGAGAGAGAGGGAGAGAGAAAAGGAGGGGGGCAAUUGUUGGAUGAUCACAUUUUCACGCGUACAAAACCUCGCUCUACACCCGCAUAGUGGUCACUCCCACCAUCACCAAACACCACCACCACUUUCUUCUUCUUCGCUUCUCCUGAUUUGGCGUUAGGGUUUCCAAAUAGCUUUUAUUCUUCUGCAACUGCAAUUCACUCGUAAACUAAAGAUCGCUCAAAAUGUAAUUUUCGAAGAUGCAUAUAUUAUCGUGCUUUGUUAAUCUCUCUUGUCUCUCUCUCAAUGUACGGAGCAAAUGAAAUUCGGUUCUUUUGGAGCUGAGAUUGCAUUGAUACUCGAGAGUUUUAGUUGAUGAAUUGUGUUCUCUUUGUGUUUAGAGGAGAAAGUGGACCGUGAGAGAGAGAAAUGGAGAUGGCAAGGCGCUGGUUUAGUAAGUUCCGAUCGAAAGAUAAACAUAAGUACUCGAAGAAGGAAACAACAAAUGGAAAAGAAGGGUCCAAAGCACCAACCAAUGAGGAAGCACCUUCAAAUGCCACUAAGCAGAAGGUUGCAGCAGCUAAGCAAUAUAUAGAAAAGCAUUAUAAAGAGCAGAUGAAAAACUUGCAGGAGAGGAAGGAGCGGCGUAAUAUGCUCGAAAGGAAGUUGGCUGAUGCUGAGGUCACUGAGGAAGAGCAAAACAACAUAUUAAAAUAUUUGGAGAAGAAGGAAACAGAGUAUAUGCGCCUUCAGAGGCAUAAAAUGGGUGCUGAUGAUUUUGAACCAUUGACAAUGAUAGGAAAGGGUGCAUUUGGGGAGGUUAGAGUAUGUAGAGAAAAGAAAACUGGCCAUGUGUAUGCUAUGAAAAAGCUUAAAAAAUCAGAAAUGCUUCGGAGAGGGCAGGUUGAACAUGUGAAAGCAGAACGAAAUCUACUUGCAGAGGUUGACAGCAAUUGCAUUGUCAAACUUUACUGUUCCUUCCAAGACGAGGAGUAUCUUUAUCUUAUAAUGGAGUACCUACCUGGUGGAGAUAUGAUGACUUUGUUGAUGCGGAAGGAUACAUUGACUGAAGAUGAGGCAAGGUUUUAUGUUGGGGAAACAGUGCUGGCUAUUGAGUCAAUCCAUAAACAUAAUUACAUUCAUAGAGAUAUCAAGCCUGACAACUUGCUGCUUGAUAGAUACGGCCACAUGAAAUUGUCAGAUUUUGGACUCUGUAAGCCAUUGGACUGUAGUAAUCUUCAUGAGAAGGAUUUUUCUGUGGGAAAUAACCUUAGCGGUGCCCUUCAAAGUGAUGGGCGUCCUGUUGCACCAAAACGCAGUCAACAGGAGCAACUGCAGCACUGGCAAAGGAACAGAAGGAUGCUUGCUUAUUCUACCGUUGGUACACCUGAUUAUAUUGCUCCAGAAGUUUUGCUGAAGAAAGGAUAUGGAAUGGAAUGUGAUUGGUGGUCUCUUGGUGCUAUCAUGUAUGAAAUGCUUGUGGGUUAUCCACCAUUUUAUUCAGAUGAACCCAUGUCCACUUGUCGGAAGAUAGUAAACUGGAGAACUCAUUUAAAAUUUCCAGAAGAGGCAAAGCUGUCUCCAGAAGCAAAGGAUCUUAUCAGUAAACUAUUAUGUAAUGUUGAUCAAAGGCUCGGAACAAAAGGCGCAUAUGAAAUAAAGGCCCACCCUUGGUUCAGAGGUAUUGAAUGGGAGAAAUUAUAUCUGAUGAAAGCUGCAUUUAUCCCUGAAGUCAAUGAUGAGUUGGACACUCAAAACUUUGAGAAAUUUGAUGAGGAAGAUAACCAAGUUCCGACUACAACAAGAUCAGGUCCAUGGAGGAAGAUGCUCUCAUCCAAGGACAUCAACUUCGUGGGUUAUACAUAUAAAAACUUUGAAAUUGUAAAUGAUCAUGAAGUUCCUGGAAUCGCUGAAUUGAAGAAGAAGAGCAACAAACCUAAGAGACCCACUGUCAAGUCCCUUUUUGAUGAUGAGUUGGGGACUGAUGUGAAUCAACCUUCUCAGGGAAGCUUUCUCAGCCUCUUACCUCCAAAGCUAGAAAUUGCAAAACAAAGUGAACCGGCAUAAGCCCUCACUAUCGGAUACACCCAAAGUGAUUCAUCCAUCUUUUAUUUACAUUAAAAGGCGGUUUUGUGGGUUUUAAUUUGCCUCAAGUCAACUUGUAUUUUGGUCUGUUUUGUAAAUUAUUUUGUCAUAGUAUAUAUAUCUUUUCUUCUUGAUAAUUGAUGAUGUGUAUGUUCUUUUUCUUUUUUUCUCUUUGUUGAGCAUCAGAAAAUUUGUAGAAUACCUGUUGUUUCUGAUGUAAUUACAUUCUCAGAAUUGGAUUAAUGAUAGCAAUGCCUUUUUUUUUUUGGCCUUUUUAA